AUGGGCACUCUCAACCUGUCAGAAGCAGAGCCACCUGUAUGGACAAGGAUGCUGGUGGGCCAAUGCACCAUGGGACUGCUCACCUUACACACACAGAUCUUCCACCUGGUGUCCCACCUCCACCUCCUCAACUUCACCAAGGGCUGGGGGGAUGUGCUGGAGUACAACCACAUCUACAACAUGGUGCUCAACACCCUGCAUAGCACUACAACAGCAUAG